AUGACUUGGCUCGACUACAAGAAUCUUCUGGAGCACUGGGAAGUGGCGGAAGCAAUGUCUACCUUCAGCUACGACGAAGCCGAGACCGACGACGUGAUUCAGCAUUUUCUCGACAGGCUCCUCACCAGACCAAUACUCAAGGCCUACGCUUACGAAAAAGGAAUCACAACGAUUCAAGACGUAAUCGCGUCUCAAACGAAGAAGACUCUCACGGCCAAACAGAAAAGGAAGAUCAAGACCUGGUGCGAGCACAGAGCUCGAGAAUCAGCAGCCGAGACACUCCAAUACCCCAAGCAAGCGGAAGUCGUCGACGAGCCCGAAGCGAUUCAGUUGUGGGAAGAGCUUAUGAAAACAAACAAGCCAAAGCCAAGAGAAGCAGCUAUCGCCUUCUUCAUUUGCUUCACCACGGGUUCCAGAAUGAAGGAGGCCCUCAACCUCAGAAUCGAAGAUCGCGAAAGCGUCAAAGAAGACGGAAAAGAAUUCUGGCGAUUCCACAUCCGAACCAGCAAAACGGACCCAUUCUGCAAACGCAUGGAGACUCUCACCAUUCCAAUGGAAAUGAAGCACGGCGUCCCGCUAGCUCUCGAGCUCCGAGCACAAGUGAGAGACCGAGAAUCAGGACUCGUCCUCAAGACUCUCGAAGGUCACACCAGAAUCGCCUCGGACUACUUAGCCCGCUAUGGAGCCAAAGCAGGACUCUCUAAGAAGGUUUCCGCACAUUCAGGCAGAGUCAGUUUCUACAUCGAAGGACGACGCUCUGGCCUCUCUCAACAAACGCUCGCGCACACGCUCCGCUGGGCGCCAGGAAGCUCGAUGCCGGACUACUACGAAAGAUGCUGGCUUGAGUGCAGCAAUUUGGGAGCGCCAGUCAGCGUCGCAAAAUCAAGAGCCAGAAAGCGAAACGGAAGCGACAACGAAGACAACUCUCUUCAGGUUUCAGAUACCCCAAGAACCACAAGAAGCCAAUCAAGAGCAAAAGAAACAGAAAACAACUGA